AUCAGAUCCAACCUGGAAGUUGAAAUAUGCCUGCCAUAUUAGUUAGAUCCUCUCGAGAAAUCGACUUGGCUGAGAUGUUCAAGCCACAUGCGUACCUAACCUGUGGAGCUUCAUAUACUAUUGCAUCAUCGUCUUCAUCUCGAGUUCAAUAAAUUAGGUAGAUAUCGGCUUUAGCUUAUAUUUAUUCGACUUCUCAUGCUCUUACUUCAAAGUAAUUCAUGUCUUUCAAGUGUAAGUAAAUCUUAUACGAGUCGAAACUUACAAUGAAGCCAUUUCCAGAAGUUAAGAGCAACGCGCCUCCAAUGAGGUCAAGACUAUCUCGUACUCUCCGGUCAAGAUACACAUGGCGAUUAAUAGUUAUAGUCGUCGUUGUUUCUUGUUACAUAUUCUCGCUGCCUCCAUUUCCUCGACCAUUACCUGAUUAUAGCGGUCCGUAUCCCGUCGGUGCAGUUGAUAUUGAGACACCCUUAGCAUCACCGCGCAUCAUCGACACGGCGCGGUUUAGGGAAACAAAAGAGAAUGCGUUUGAGUUAGAUACUGUGUUAUUCACGUUAUAUUAUCCAGCAAUCCACCAUGCCACUCAUUGUCAAGCGAAGCAUCACUGGAUUCCAAAACCGAUAUCCGUGACCGCCGAGGGUUACGCCAAGUUCGCGCACAUUAACAAUUUUAUCAUGAACAAGGUCAUGACAGGAGUACUUAAAGCUCUUGUCGGACACAUUCAAAUUCCAGCUCAAGUUGACGUACCGUUGGCCGACCUUGUAUCCGCGGUGACGGCGAUACCGGAGACCCGGGACAACAUCAAGGAGAUCGAGAAGGUCGUACAGAUUGGAAAAGGCGGACAUCCGGUUAUUGUGUUUUCUCACGGCAUGGCAAGUAGUCGCACCGAUUAUACGCAUUACGCUGGCGAGCUCGCAUCACGAGGUUAUGUCGUAGCGCUGCUUGAGCACAGGGAUGGUUCAUGUCCCGGGUCCGUUAUCAUGGAACAGGGAAAACCGGACCGCGCGAAACUUACAUUCAACGUUCCGGAAGUAGAGACGCCUAGCGGAAAGGAGUUGGCGGUGGACGAAUUCAAACGAGCACAGCUCGACUUCCGAGAGGCGGAGAUCGAAGAAACCGUGCGAGUCCUAAAGUUAAUCAAUGAGGGACAAGGAAAGGAGGUAUUCAAAUCAAACAUGCGGGACGAAGGCGUCGAUUUCGUAAACUGGAAAGGCCGUCUCAACACAGACGAUAUGAUAGUCGCAGGCCAUAGCUACGGCGCAACCGGCGCCAUGCAAGCCCUACGAGGCGGGCCUAGCGCAAAACGCCCGUUUAAAGGCGCCAUCAUCCUAGAUCCGGGCAAGCAGAGCGGCCAGCUAAACGACGAUAUCCGAGUACCGGUCCUCGUCAUCCACAGCAACUCGUGGAGCAGCAAGUACAGCCUAUUCUACGGACGCGCGCACUUCGACACGGUGCGCGACGUCGUCGAAAACAACGUGUUGCGGGGAAUGUCGUCGUGGUUCGCAACAUCGCUUGGGACUUCGCAUCCGUCGGUCACGGAUGCGCCGCUGCUGGAGCCGUUGCUGCUUAGUUGGACCACCGGGGCGCGGAUCUAUGAGGGGUUGAGGGAGUAUGUGCAUGUAUCGGAGGACUUUCUGUGGUUCUUGUCUACGGGCGAGAAGCGAGGCUUACUGGGGGAGAAGCCUGAGUUUCCGCAGUAUGAUGAGGGGAGGGGGUUUGGCGUGUGGAAGCCGGCGCAGGGAGAGAAUGAGGAUACUGGGGGGGCUUGGAUUGACUGGAGGAGGUAUUGGCAGGUUCAUGUUUCGCCGAGUUAAGAUGUAUAGGAGGUAGAUGUGUAUGUAAGAGAUAUAUAGGAGGGGGAUAGAUCAUGAUGCUUAUGUUGCUAUAUGUAGAAUAUCCUAGAUUAUAAAUAUUACAAAUUUGUGCAGUUCUCUUCCAGUAAGAUACUGGUUUAUUAUCAGC